AUGCUUUUGAUAUUCUUGCAUUUAAGAAAUCUAAGAAUGGUGGUGUUUAAACAACUUAUAAUGCUUUAGCUAAGAUUGCUAAUUCUUAUUAAAUNUCUUAGAUAACUUUUAAUUAGUAAUUCAGUUUACAGAAGAGGUAAAUUCAAUUUUCUGGAUUCCAAUUUUAUUCUUAACACUCAUCUUUAUUUAGAUUCAUAAACAUUAGAAGGUUUGGAAAUCUUUAAUGUAAAUCUUCAAACUUAAAUUACUAAUUCUGGUAGUUUAUUUAGUUAUUUGAAUAAAUGUGUAACUCAUUCUGGUAAGAGACUCCUUACUAAAUGGGUAUAAAGUCCAUUAUAGAAUUAUAAAUCAAUUAUUGAAAGAUAGUAAUGUGUUAAAGAACUUUGUAAUUUCAUGCCUGAAUGUUAUGAAUUCCAGAAAAGAAUUAAAUCAUUAACAGAUUUAGAGCGUGCAAUAGUUAAAUGUUUCAAUACAAUUCAUUCUCAUAAACUAAAGCCUGUUCCAUCUAAUAAAGGUGAAAAUAUAAGUAAAACUAAAUUAAAGGAAAUUAAAAAUGUUUUGAGCAAUAUUAGAUAGGCUGCUGAAGCUUUUAAGAUAUUUAAUUAAAAUAUUAAAUAAUUUAAAUCCCAAAAAUUGGAGGAAAUCUUUACUUAUAAAUAGAAUACUCAUAUUUUGAUAUAAUCACUUGAUGAAUUAGAAAAAUAUUUGAUUAUAGAAGAUAAUGAACCAAAACCUGUUUAAGGAAUCAAUCCAGAAUACGAUCAGACAAUGAAUAAAAUAAUUAAAAUUACUGAUUCAUUUUAAUUUGAACUUGAAAAGUGGAAGAAGAUGUUAGAAUGUCCAGAAAUUAAUUACAUUCAUUCAAAAAUAAGAUAUUAAUUAGAAAUACCUGAAAAAUAUGUUGAAAUACAUUAAAAACCAAAAGAAUUAAUAAUCACUUCAAAAAUACAAGGAUUUUUAAGAUUUUAGACACCAUUUAUAGAAGAAUAACUAUCUCAAUUAAGAUUGGUAGAAGAUGAACUCUCCUAAAAAUUACUUACCUUUAUUAAUGAAUAUUUCACUAAAUUCUAUACUUAUAGAAAAGAAUUCUUCUAAUUAAUUUCUUAUCUUUCAGAAGCUGAUUGCCUGUACUUUUAUUAAUUUAUUUAUUAGAAUUUCUUUAGCUCUAGUAUCAAAGGAAUAAUAAAAACAGGUCUCAUGUUUUCCAAAAAUAAAUAAGGAUUCUGAUGAAAGAGAUUUUAAAUUGAUUUAAGCAUAUCAUCCUAGUUUAUUAUUAAAUAGAAAUAUAGAAUAGGUGCCAAACACAAUUUCAUUUACUGAUUCUAUUGAUACUUUGUUAUUAACAGGUCCUAAUAUGAGUGGCAAAUCCACUUUGUUAAGAUUAAUUGGAGUUUCUAUAAUUAUUGCUUAAAUUGGGUGUGCUGUACCAGCCUAAUAAUUUUCUUUAACUCCUUUUGAUAGGAUCUUCUGUAGACUUGGAGCUUCAGAUAGAUUAUUAGAGAGAAAAUCAACUUUCUUUAUAGAGCUUGAAGAAACUAAAGCAAUAUUAAAUUAUUCUACUUCAAAAAGUUUAGUUAUAAUUGAUGAAUUAGGUAGAGGAACUUCAACAUAUGAUGGUGUAGCAUUAGCUUCUGCUGUUUUAAAAUUUUUAUCAGAAAAAGUAAAACCGAUUACUUUAUUUGCUACACAUUAUAAUAUUUUAUUAGAUGAAUUUGAAUUGUAUAAGAAUAUCAAACAAUGUGUUAUGUUAUAUUAUAGAGAAAACGAUUCAGUUAUUUUUAAAUACAAAUUAGUUGAAGGUGUUGCUGAAAAAAGUUUUGCCAUCAAUGUAGCAUAGUUAGCAGGUAUUUAAGAAGAAGUCAUAAGAAAAGCCAAAUAAAUGUAACUCAAAAUAACUAAAGAAGAAUCCAAGAUUAAUAAGAAUAGAGAGAUUCUUAAAAAGUUUAAUCAAAUCAUAACAUAACUAUAAUGA